CGCUUAUGAUGGAAAAACGAAGGACGUCUAUGAGAAAGGAAAUGGAGAUCAAAAUUAAAAGAUUCAAGCCCCACCCGCACCGACGAAUGCUAUUUAAAUCCGAUGAUUUUCAACGCCGAUCACCGCCGAAUGCAUUCCAUGGACGGAUAUAGAUCUAUUAUCUGAUCGCUUUCGUUCGCGUCUCGGUAUUGUUCUCUCUCUCUUCUCUAAACCCUAGCUCAAUUUCAAUUUCUGUUUCGAUUUCUUUGAUCGUCCAAUGGCCGCCGAGGAACCAGCUCUCUUUUGUCCCGCUCGAGUCGGCUCCUGAACCGCCGGGGCCAAACGAAGAAACCGGUUGCUCCGAACACACACACGCCUAGGAGCUCUCCUUCGCGCCCUCCUUACAUUGAGGGUUCUCUACCUCAGAUGGAAGAAGCUUUUCUCAAUGAUGAUCAAGUCCCUCUUGUUGGAGGCAGUGAGAUUCCACAAGAAAGAGAUGGUAGUGAAACUAAGUUAGAUUGUCGGAAUGGUGUUCCUGAAGGAAGGAAGGAAUUCGUUGCACCUGCUGUAGGAAUGGAGUUUGAGUCAUAUGAUGAUGCUUACAAUUAUUAUAUCUGUUAUGCAAAGGAAGUGGGCUUUCGUGUUAGGGUGAAAAAUUCGUGGUUCAAAAGAAACAGUAGAGAGAAGUAUGGUGCUGUACUUUGUUGCAGCAGCCAGGGGUUCAAAAGAAUUAAAGAUGUAAACCGUUUACGAAAGGAAACCAGAACUGGUUGCCCUGCAAUGGUUAGGAUAAGGUUAGUUGACUCUAAAAGGUGGAGGAUACUUGAAGUUGCCCUUGAACACAACCACUUGUUUGGUGCAAAAGUUUACAAGUUCAUUGAGAAGAUUGGCACUGGUAACAAGAGGAAAUUGCAGUCCAACUGUGAUGCAGAAGCAAGGACAAUCAAGUUGUACCGUGCCCUUGUCAUUGAUUCAAGAGAAAAUGGGAACUCAAAUUCUGAUUCAAGGGAAAUUAGGGACUUUUCUGAUCAUCCAAAUCACUUGAACUUAAGAAAAGGUGAUGCACAAGCCAUUUACAACUAUCUCUGUCGUAUGCAGUUGACUAAUCCGAACUUCUUUUAUGUGAUGGAUCUUAAUGAUGAAGGGCAGGUGAAGAAUGUUUUCUGGGCAGAUGCUAGGUCUAGGGCUGCAGGUGGGUACUUUGGUGAUGUUAUAUUUCUUGAUAAUACAUAUUUGUCAAACAAAUAUGAGAUUCCACUUGUGGCAUUUGUUGGGAUAAAUCACCACGGUCAGUCUGUGUUGCUGGGUUGUGGCCUGCUUGCAGGUGAGAUGACAGAAUCCUAUGUUUGGCUAUUAAAAACAUGGCUUACUUGUAUGUCAGGAUGCUCUCCACUGACAAUUAUCACAGACAGAUGCAAAUUUUUACAGAGUGCAAUAGCAGAGGUGUUUCCUAGAUCUAAUCAUCGUUUUGGUUUGUCACACAUCAUGAGAAAAGUUCCAGAGAAGUUGGGAGGACUGCGCAACUAUGACACCAUCAGGAAAUCAUUGUCUAAGGCAGUCUAUGAGGCACUAAAACCAUGUGAUUUUGAAGCAGCUUGGGGAUUUAUGAUCCAGCAUUUUGGAAUUAGUGAUCAUGAGUGGCUUCAAUCUCUGUAUGAAGAUCGAGCUAAGUGGGCACCCGUUUACUUGAAAGACACAUUUUUUGUUGGGAUGGCUGCUUCGUGCCCUGGUGAAACUCUACAUUCAUUCUUUGACAGAUAUGUGCACAAGCAAACUCCUCUGAAAGAAUUUCUUGACAAGUAUGAAUUAGCCUUACAAAAGAAGUACAAGGAAGAAGCACUUUCUGAUAUGGAGUCGAGAAACACAAGUCCAGCACUGAAAACAAGAUGUUCUUUUGAGUUGCAGUUGUCAAAAGUCUAUACAAGAGAAAUAUUCAAGAAAUUCCAAUUUGAGGUUGAGGAGAUGUAUUCUUGUUUCAGUACCACACAGUUACAUAUCGACGGGCCUAUUGUGAUAUACUUGGUGAAGGAGCGUGUUCCGGGUGAGGGAAAUAGGAGGGAGAUUAGGGAUUAUGAGGUUUUGUACAAUCGAGCAGCAGCAGAAAUCCGCUGCAUCUGCAGCUGUUUUAACUUCAAUGGCUAUCUAUGCCGGCAUGCAUUGUGCGUUCUUAACUUCAAUGGGGUGGAAGAAAUCCCUUCCAAGUACAUCCUGACACGAUGGAAAAAGGAUUACAAGCGCUUGUACAUUCCAGAUCAUGGUUCCAAUAAUGUUGAUGAUGAUACUGAACGUAUGCAAUGGUUUAGUCAGUUAUAUAAAAGUGCUUUGCAAGUUGUGGAGGAGGGGGUAAUAUCCCUUGAUCAUUACCAGGUCGCACUGGAGGCAUUUAAAGAGUCACUUGGUAGGGUUCAUGAUUUAGAAGAUAAGCAUGAUUUAUAGUACAAAAAUGUUAAUGUGCAAACUUGUUUCUCUCUGUGGCCCUCAGCCCCUCGAGGGUGCAUAAUGUAAUAUUCAACAAACAAAUUUAAAUGUUUUUAGGAAUAGGAAAAGAACAACUGCCAUCCAGCAGUUUUUGUGCCA